CACUGAGUUUACAUCCGGGUUUUUUCCCUAGGCAAUGGGAGUCGCAGCACCGCCGUUCCUUAGGCAAAGUGAAAUAAAUUCGCCGCACCGACACAAAAAGUAGUCCGCUCACCGAACAGCCUUUCUGUCCGGCUCGGUUUUAUGAUCGGUCCGUUUUAACGAACUUUGGCGCCGAACUAAGCCGGUAUCAAACGCUUCGUGGCGGAUUGGGGAGGUUUUUGUGGGCCGCGGUGUAGUUUUUGUGCCCCCUUCCUCCAGCUUGGCGGCGCAGGGAUCUGUGUUGUGCUGAGGCUGAGCUGAAUGAGAUUGAAGAAGAGUUCUUCUUGUUUUGUAGCUUCAGUUUCUCUGUUUUUACUCGUUUUUUUUACUCCAACAGCAGAACAAAGUGCAGUUCUGCGGGCAGGAGGCGGCCGGACUCCCGCUCAGCUGUGGCUCCACCGUGGAUCGGCUGCUGGGAGGAAAAUAUUUAAUUAAUCUGGAGGAGGACUGCUGCUGAGGCAGCACAGAGGCGUGGAGUCCAGUCCCACAGCCAGGUGCGGCACUUUAAUGCUUCAGUUGGAUGGUUUUCCUACUGGAGAAGGUGUUCAGGCUGAUCGAUCGGCUGGCAGACUGACUGGAUCCAUGAUGGAACUACAGACGCUACAGGAGGCUCUGAAGGUGGAGAUCCAGAUCCAUCAGAAACUGGUGGCCCAGAUGAAGCAGGACCCGCAGAAUGCAGAUCUAAAGAAGCAGCUCCACGAACUCCAGGCAAAGAUCACAGCGCUCAGCGAGAAGCAGAAAAAGGUGGUGGAGCAGCUGAGGAAGGAGCUGCUGGUGAAGCAGGAACCAGAGCCCAAACUGCAGCUGCAGGUUCAAGCUGCUCCAGUAGGGGGCGACCUGAAGCCGACCAACCUGCUGCAGAGCCAGCAGAUAACUGGAGGACUGCAGCAGACGCUGACGGUCACGCCGGUCCUCACCGCCAAGACCCUGGUGCUCAAAGCCGCCGCCACGCCCACCCUGCCCGGCGCCAUCCUGUCGCAGCGCCCGCCCACUGUCGCUAUGGUAACCACAGCCAUUACCAAGCCCGACUCGCAGAGCGUCCCCAUCAACCUUCAGGUGGCCAGCCGGCUGACCAAUCAGAGCUCGGAGCCUGUACGGCUGGUGUCCAAGAACGCAGUGGUGCUGCAGGCCACCACCACCUCCUCCGCCCAGCCAAUCAGAGUUCCUCAGUUUGUCCCUCCUCCUAGACUGACGCCUCGGCCCACCUUUCAGCCACAGGUCAGGCCGAGGCUGGCCACGCCCACCAACGUCCCCAUUGCCCCGGCCCCUCCCCCGCCAAUGAUGGCGGCCCCCCAGCUGCUCCAGAGGCCCGUCAUGCUGGCCACCAAGCUGGCGACCUCGCUGCCCUCGGCCGCGCCCAUCCACCAGGUCCGCAUCGUCAACGGGCAGCCGUGCGGCAAGACGGGCGCCGCCCCGCUGACCGGCAUCGUCAUCACCACGCCCGUCACUGCCACGCCCACGCGACUUGCAAGCCCCGCCUCCCUCCCUGUUCCCCCGCCUCCAGCCCCGCCCAUUCAGAUCAGCAGCCUGAUCGCUGAACCCAAGCUCUUCAUCUCUCCAAACCUUAACCUGCUGUCGUCACCUUCCUCCUCCUCCUCCUCAUCCUCCUCUCAGCAGACUGUUAAACUGGAAACAGCAGAACAGAAAGCUGCGGUCAGCCUGCCGUCCUCCUCCACCCCGUCUCUCUCUCCACCCCCUCGACCCAAAAAGGAGGAGAACCCCGAGAAACUGGCCUUCAUGGUGUCUCUGGGCCUCGUCACACACGACCACCUGGAAGAGAUCCAGAGCAAAAGGCAGGAGAGGAAGAGGAGAACGACGGCCAACCCGGUGUAUAGCGGAGCCGUGUUCGAGCCCGAGAGGAAAAAGAGUGCAGUGAGUUACCUGAACAGCCCUCUGCACCAGGGGACCAGGAAGAGAGGUCGCCCACCCAAAUUCAGCAGCGUCCCGGAGCUGGGCAGCCUCACCCCGACCUCCCCCUCCAGCCCCGUCCGUCCCCUCCCCCUGCCCAGCCCCGGCUCUGGGGACGGAGACAUCCACGAGGAUUUCUGCACUGUGUGCAGACGCAGUGGCCAGUUGCUCAUGUGCGACACGUGUUCUCGUGUUUAUCACCUGGACUGCCUGGAUCCACCCCUGAAAACCAUUCCUAAAGGCAUGUGGAUCUGUCCAAAAUGCCAAGACCAGAUCCUGAAAAAAGAAGAAGCCAUUCCCUGGCCCGGCACCCUGGCUAUCGUUCAUUCCUACAUCGCAUACAAAGAAGCUAAAGAAGAGGAGAAGCAGAAGCUGAUGAAGUGGAGCUCGGAGCUGAAACUGGAGCGCGAGCAGCUGGAACAGAGAGUCAAGCAGCUCAGUAACUCCAUAACGAAGUGCAUGGAGACCAAAAACACCAUCCUGGCUCGUCAGAAGGAGAUGCAGCUUUCCCUGGACAAAGUCAAGCAUCUCAUUCGCCUCAUCCAAGCCUUCAACUUCAACCAGGCCCUGGCGGAAACGGAGGGAAAGGACGUCCGGGUGCAGGACAGUCCUCGGAUCGUUGUCAGCUCCGGAGCUGCAGCUGAAGUUGGCGCGGCGGGGAAGCCGGUGGUGAGCAGCUCUCUGGUCAGCAGCAAACAGGAGGAGCAGCAGACAGAAGGAGCAGCAGCAGCAGGGGGAGAUGGCGGAGGAGGAGGAGGAGGAGGAGGAGACGGCAACAGCACAGUGCUGACUAACUGCCCUGCUGCUGGGGCAGGGGUUGCGCCGGGGUUAGGGGGUCACACAGAGACCACUCCUUGUGUCGAGGUACAGCCUGAGACUGAGGCAGCUCCUACGGCUCCUGCAAAGGUUGCCACCACCAACGGUACGACGGAGCCGCCGCCAUGCCCCGCCCACAGCCCCUCCGCCGCUGAGAACAAGAUAUCUGCCGUGAACCCUGCAGAGACGGCGGUGGAGAAGAAGCAGGAGGAGCUCAGCGACGGCAGCAACAACAGCAAAACCUCAGAACCCUCCCAGCAUUCUUUGCCAGCUCUGCUUAGCAGUUUGGACGAUAAAAAGUAACACUGCGUCCCUGUGGCUGCAGGAAGUCAAACAUAUAUAUUAAAAAAAAAGACCUUUGCUUGCACCGCACGGUGCCCUGAAGUUGCCAAUCUGUAUAAAUGUUGUUUGUUUGCAUUGUAUUGUCAGACUGUGUCAAUGGUAGAUGUACAGCCCAAGUCACAUGACUCUGGGAAGACCCGGGUCAUCAUGCCAAUUAGUGAUAGACGUCAUGGAGGGAACACUCAAAGGAAGAUUUUCUUCAUCAUCACACCGGUGUGUGCCUGUUACAGUGGCCCCUGUGUUCUGUUGACGGCUCCAAGGAGAACCCAGAACAUGGAACCAAACAUCUGUCGGGGGGAGCUGGUCCAAGAAGCAGUGUUGUAAACGUUUGUGUACUGAAAAGAGAGCCUGUUUGCGUCCUCGUCCCGUUGACCCUGACGGGAACGGCGCUCCACAGUCCGAGUUCUCAAUUAAUUUCCUCACCUGAAACCAAACCAGAACCCAAUCAGGACCGAUCUGUCCUAACCCAAAGGCUUCAAUUUGAUUCAAGCUGUCAUCACAAAACAAAAUUGAUGAGGCAAAUGUGACCAUGAAGUGUGUUUUCAAAACUUGAGGUUUGUCACCCAUUACUUGCCCAGUCUGCUCUCACCAGGUUCCGCCCUUUUUUGGUCAGACCCCGCCCACUUUUGGUCAGACUCCGCCCACUUUUCUUUAGACUCUGCCCAUGUCCUGCAUCAGCUCAGUUUAAAUUUGAUUGGAUGAAAAGUUAUGACACACCCUUUAGUUCAGGAGGAGUUGCAAACAUUUACAUUUUUUUUGGUUUUAUAUGAAAAGAAACAAAAUGAGUUAAACACAUGAGGGCACUCCAGCCUUUUGUAGAUUUAUAGAAAAGUGUUGCGACUAAUCAUAAAUUUAAAAACCGAAGUUAAACGCCUUAAUCCAAUAACCCUUGAGUUAUUGGAUUAUUUAACUCAAGGGUGUCCAACGUGUGGCCAGGGUACCAUUUCUGGCUCUUGAAAUUAUUUUGUCUGCCCCAUGACUUCAAGUCAAGAAUGGUAAAAAAAUUUGGCUAACAGAAUAGAAAACAAUUGAUGAGCCAAAGAAAUUGCCAUUUGUCAGUUCUUCUUUUAAUAAGAAACUGGUCCAAAACCUAUUUUAUGUUUUGGAUUUUUAAUAUUAUCUAGAUUUAAUUAAAAUGUUAUUUAUUUUUAGUAGGUAGAACUAAAAGAAAUUGCUAUAAUAAAAUUGUUGUAUUUUAAAUAUAUUUAAUUUUGUGGCCUGCCAGUAAUUUAAAUUUGCUAGUUUUGAUCCCCAGGACAUUAUGGAAAAGCUCUCAUGUGUCUCUGGUGCAGGAAGUCCAAACCAUAUAUUUCCAAAGUUUUAUCUUCAGUUUAAGUUUUGACUUGAGCUCAGUUUGUUGAGUUACUUCCUCUUUAUAGGGCAUUUCACCUUGUCAAACAGUUCAGAGAACAUUUCAGGGUCCCCAAAGGUCCCACCAACCAGUGAAGAAAGGUCUAAUGUAGGUCCAGAACUGGGUUUCCUUUAAAAGUGAACUCGCACUGAGUCGCAAAGUUCCUUUGAGUCAUGCUGAAGCCUUUGAGACUUUAAAUUAAUCCAAAAAUAGUCCAACUCCGUCGGUUGACCCUGUCGCCCACCAUCAUCACCCUCCUUUCAGUCCUAGGUUUUGUACCAGGGUCUCCCAGUGAAGAGGGUCCAGCCCUCUGGGAGAUUACAGAUGUUCCCUGAUGGACACCGGGUUGAACCCCGAUUUGGUCCCGAGAUGAGGACGAACAGGAGCGGUAGCCUAACAGAUGUUCUCAGUGGUGUCGGUCAGUGUAGUGAUUGAGUUUUCAUUCGUGAGUCGUGUGUGUGAGUGCGUGUGUGUGUGUGUGUGUGUCAACUGUGAGCACUAAAUGUGAAUUUGCAAUAUUGCAACGUCAACACACACAAACUCUAUCUGGGCUGUUUGUUUUUUAUAGGAAAAGAUAUUCAGGUCUUCCUAGUCUCCAGAAUAAGUGCUUUCUGUUCCUGAACCUGCUGGACUGGCAUCAUCAUCAUCAUCAUUGCCAUCGUCGUCAUCAUCGCCGCUGCCGCCGCUGGGCGGUGGUGAUCGUUUGAAUCCUGAACUGCCAAAAUCCUGAUGUUGUUUCCAAAUUCAGCAGGGACUCGUCCUCUUACUGUCCUCCAAGAUCAAAUCAUCGGAAAGAUUCAGAUGCAAAGUCCCGGCCGAGACAGGAGAGUGUUGGGAACAAUAACCACAGCAGGACGUGUUCCAGUCCGGAAAAACGGAGGGAUCUGUUGGAGGUUAAAGGACGACAACACAAUUCCUGAGAUUAAAGCACAAGCUUGCUGCAUUACAAAGAAGUGCUGAAGAGCUUUUUGUACGUUCCCGUGGAGUUAAACAGAGUAUGCAUCUCUUCAUUGUCGUGUGAUUUCCCCUUACAUUGCCAAUAUGUCCCCUCGGUAUGACCCUGAGGCUGGAGUCCGAUUAGGAGUUUGUCCCACUGAGUCUGGCUUGGAGCCGGAACAUGAAGCCGAUGGUUAUCGGAGCAAUUGAUCGGAACGUUGACAAGGUGAAUAGAGAUUAAAGUUGCCACCAUUUAUGCUGGAAACUUUAGUUUUACUUGGGGUUCCUUUGGUUCUCUGACGUGCUCACUCCUUCCUGAAUGUGAGGAAAUGUUUCAGACAUUUUUAAGGAGAAUUCCCUCUGAAAAUUCCUUUUGUUACACAAAAUCAGUCCAGAAGUGUAUAUCACCAACUCAAGUCCUCAAGAGCUACCAUCCUGCUGUAACUUUUAGAUCCAGCCCUGCUCCAACACGUCUGAAUUACCUCCUUACCUUGUCAUAAAAUACUGCUACGGUACUUUGUACCUUGAGAUAACGAGGCAUUUGUUUGAUUCUGGUAUCUUGGAGCAGGGAUGCAUCUAAAGUCGAACUUGAGGACUGGAGAUAUGCCUUAUUUCUACUGAGUGGUGCUGUUCUGGACACUAUUUGGUCUGUUUGAACAGACCUGUACCACAGCCUUCCUGGGCUCCCUUCAGUUGUACGUCUAUGGGACAAUAGUACAGUUAGAGCAGAGAUACUUGUGUCACACCACAGGCCAUUUGGAGGAUAUGAGAUAAGCAUGAGACAUACUAGUAAGUUAUAUUUGUUGUUUCAUUGCAAUAUUGUGUUUAGGUUUAACCCUGCCUGCCCAGUGAGAGUCCAACUGGCAAUGGAAACACUCCCUUGAGAAUGCCUGACUGUACAGUAGAGUAUCAUACAGACCUAUUAUGUACCUCUCAGUCGAAAUGAGGCAAAAAGAUGCUUCUCUGCUCCAACAAGAAGAAUCCCUGUUGGAUACUGUCCACUAAGGACAAGCUAAUUCCUUAGCUAAGAAAUUGUUAUAAGUGACAUUUCCUUAGCUUGUCACUUAUAACAAGCUAAGGAAUUACCUACUUAGCUUGUCAUAAAAAACUGCAGAGGCCUGGUAAUGAGUCAUUUGUUUGAUUCUGGUGUCUUGGAGCAGGAAUGUAUCGAAAGUAGUAUUUGAUGAAUAGACAUAUGCCUCUUUUCCACUGAGCGGUAUGGUUGGUGCAGUUCAAUGUACUAUUUUUUUUAUGUUUCUGUAGUAAAAGAAGCUCAUACAACAACCCAUACUGCACCAUCCCUAGGCAUUCUUCAAUUGUAUGUCAGUUAGGCUGGAGCUAUUGGUGUUUCACAACACAGUCCAUUGUUUGGGGGACACGAGAAAUCCUAGCAAAUCACAUUUGUCGUUGCACUUGUAUGAGGCAGCAUUAGACGUUUGGGUUUGACCCCACUUGUCUGGUGAGAGUCCGACUUGUGGAGGGAACGCUCUUGAAUAUACUGGAUCAUGACUCAGUGCAAACAAGGCAAAAGAGGCCUCUCUUCUCUAACACACCUGCAUUACUUUCUUAGCUAGUUGUGAAGUACUGCAAAGGACUAGUAACGGGCCAUUUGUUUGAUUCUGGUGUCUUGGAGAAGGGAUGCAUCUAAAGUUGAGGACUGGAGUUAUGCCUCGUUUCAACAGAGCAGUGCAGUUUGGUAUGCUUUUUGUCGGUUUCCAAUGAAAAAGCAGCCCAUAGAAUCAGUCUAUACUGCACCAUUCCUGGACUCCCUUCAGUUGUAGGUAUAUGGGACAAUGGCACUGUUAUGGUGGAGUUACUGGUGUCAUACAGUCCAUUGAUUGGGGGACAGAAAAACAUUAUUGCUUGAGACAUACUAGUUCUCAACUUUGGGCAUUUGGGUUUAACUUCCUCUGCCCGGUGAGAGUCCAGUGUUGGUGCUGGAAAUGCUCUCCCUCAUGAAUAAACCAGACAACAAAAUAACAUAUUGGACCGUACUGACCAAUACCAUACCGCUCAAUGAAAGCGAGGCUCUAGAGACCCCACCACUAAGCUCAACAGACAAAUAUCCCAACACUUCUUGGAUUUCUGCUCUCCUAGAAAAGACCCGUUUCCUCUCAUGAUGGUGGGGGUGAGCUCCUGUUUGGGUGGUGAUCUAUUGCAGGCGUCUUAGUUUUUAUUUAAAUUCAUAUCAUGCAGACUCUUGUGAGUGAAUCAGCAUAUCCCAAUGGCACCUGGUUUUCUCCCAUCAGCUGCACAGACUGCCUUCAUUCCAAACACCCCAGAGAAAUAUGUGUGUGUGGAGGGUGUGUGUGUUGGGUGUGUCCUGUAGAGUUCAGCUGAUCUGACGGGGGAUGAGCCAGACAGGAAACCCAAGUGUCCCCGCUUCCUUUUGGGUCCCACUUGUCUUGUGUAAAUCUCAAUUGGGUGGACGUGGUUCUCAUUCCGGCCCGUAGAUCCGACUGGUCAUCAGGUCUCUGGAUCCUUCCCUUCUGUACAGUAGGUACCUUUGAGUGCCUUUCUUCAAACAGCAGAUAAUAUUUGUCUCUUGACUUGCACUGUGACUCGUAAAACUUAACAAACCCUCCGGGAUCGCUCCCCACCUGACACCGAGCCCUGUCCACAAUAGCCCUGCCCCAGAGGAAGCUGCGCCCUACUCCGCAGGCUGCCAGGAGUCGAUGCAAGCUCGCCACUUCACACCAACCCGUUUGAUUUGACCACAUAGUGUUCUGUUGUUCAUCCCUAGAAGUUGCCUUAAAUGUAUUUUAUUUUCUGGUGAAAUGUUCAGAUUUUGGGUCAGAGGGGGUGGGGUUUGUGCAGAGGCAGUCUGAGAUCGCACUCUGAUCCGUUUGUCAUGCACUUUCAGUUUGAUCAGUAUUAUCAGAGCAGAGAUGGGUUAUGUUUUAUUUUGAAAAAGCCCCCCGCCCUCUCUUUCUUCCUGUCUCUUAUUUUGGAGGAGGGAUGAGUUUGCAGGAUCAGGUCACAUGACCCGGAACGCAUUGAACAAACCUGGGCCCAGCCAGCAUCACCUGUGCUCGCUGUGGUGCAGCACAUGCCUUCUUAUGCAAGUUUUUAUACCAACCUUUUUUAUUAUGCAUUGCUUCGGUUUUUUUAUGUUUUUAUGUGAAACUUAAGUCACCUUUUUUCUGUUUUUCUCUGAACAUUCUGGCAUCUCGAUGCCAAACGUGUGCAUGUGUUUACACAUUCAGGUAGCCAUUCAGGGUGGGUUUUCCUGACGGUGCCGAGAGGUUUGCUUUUAUUAGGGGGGGGAGGUAUUCUGUUGCAGUACUGCGAGUGACCACCGGGGGGCGGACUGGAGCGAGAGUUUGGCGCCAUCUCGGCUCUCCUUUUAGCUUAGCUUUUGUUUAACUGCCGUUGCUGCGUGGAAACGGGGCGUUGAGAUCUAAAAUGCUCCUUAGUUGAAGUCUGGAAGCAAAUAUAUCCAAAGAACUCUGCAUAUCAUCGGGGUGUGAGUUUUCUGCGUCGUCCAUCGACGGUUUGUGGGACACGCUCGGGGGGCUUCGGCGUGGGUCCUGGGGAGGAGGUUUGCUUUUCAUCUUUCGGUUUUAAAGCGAUCAAGUCAUGAUUGUGGCCUUCUAGUAUUCUGUGGGUUCAUGACGUCAUUCACCUGUUGUUCCCGCUCAGCAUCCAUCUAUCCACCCAUUUAUUCUGUCUGGAUCCUCUACACCUGCAGCUUCUUACCUCAUCCACAGCUGAGUCCGUCGGGGGGUGUGUUGAGUGCAAAAAAUCUGAAAAAUACUACAAAAAAAUAAAAAUAGAAAAAAAAAAUGAAUCUAAAAAAUGAAAAGAAGUCUUUUUCUAUCUUCCAUUCGGUGAGAUGCAUUG